UCUGCCUUUCCCGUCUCACCCCCCCCCCUCUUUUAUAUAUCUUUUUUCUUUUCUCUCUUUAAAAAACUUAAAACAUGACGAAUAUGACUGAUAUGUUGAACAGCCGAGGUCAACGUUACAAUGUCAAUGAUGCACCAAGCAACAAUGCUACUACAACAGCAACAUCUGCAGACUGCUCAUUCGAGAAUGAAUUUAAAAAACAUCAAAAUGCAAUCCAUUUGGGCCACCUGGAAGAAGCUUUGCAAAGUUUUGUAUUACUCCAAGCGAACAACGCUGAAAAUGAGAAAUUUGAGGCAUACAUAAUCCAAUUCUCAGAUCACAUUGAUCCAUCAAAAAAUACAGACAUUAGCACCUUCUUUGCUUCUCUGCCCGCAUUGAUUCAAUCAACAAUUAUCGAGAAAAUAGCAGCAUCACUGGAAAAGAAAGACACAUUGCGAGCAUAUCAAACACUAUUUGACUAUAUACAAAACUACUCUCGUCAUGCAUAUAAAUACUUGAUUCGUGCCAUUAAAUUAUUAGUCCUCGGUGCGCAAAACAUGAGCCAACUUGAGAGUAAAAAAUACAUAAAAAUACUUGUGACCGAGCUGUUUCCUAGACUAUGUAAACAACGUAUUCUGCUGACACACAAAGAUAUACCACCAGCAGUAAAAUCCACAGAGGGUAAACAAUAUAUUUCAAUACCUUACAACCUAUUCGAGCAAUACCUAGUUUUGGGUCAACAGUUUUACAUCGAACAUCGAGAUUGGAUUGAACUUUCAAAUUUUACCAACGCUAUGCUUGAUUGCUGUGGCUAUACAAGACUUGGACAAAUAGGUUUUCAAUCACACAUCAACAAGUUUCAAUAUAUGCAAGAGAAAAGAUGCGGUGUUCGCAUCGAUCCUAAUUCAAUCGGAUCAAAUGAUUUGGCUAUAUCAAUUGUACUUAUGUGUGAAUUUAAGGCUGUUGCAGUUGAAUUCAUACAAUUUUGUAACGAAUACUACCGUGCGGUUUGCACGUUAGAUUCACCUGCUGGACAAGAUAAAUCUUGUCUUAUUCCUAUAUGUGCAAUAAAACCUGCACUUACCAACAACACGUCCGGACGUCAGUUUUUUAAUGAUACAACGACUGCUAUUCAGCCUGAAGACUACAAUUCUUUCACAUCAUCGAACGGUGAAGAGGAUGAUGAUAAAGAAGAUAAAGAUUACAGACUAAACUCGAAUAACAAAAGAGAUCGCCCAGUGCCAUCUUCUUCUCGUAGUGAUUGCCCAGUAAAUAAUUCUCAUGAUGCACAUUUAUACCCGUAUCAACGACACCAUGUAAACAAACGUCAAAAAGUUCAACUACCUGAUCGUGGCGGAGAAGGCCUUGAAUCGUACUGUAUGGGAGGCGUUGAUAGUGCGCUUCAAAUACUUAGUAAAGCAGCCGACUGUAUGAGACAUAUUGUUGAACUAUGGGAUUGGGCCUUUCAAAUGUCUCCUGAUGGAUUAUGGGACGAAAUUUAUGGAGAUUGGGAACAAGAACUUGUUAGGGUAAUUGAUGCUUAUCAGUUACCAUUUGAUUUGACAAAUGCUGUACUGCUUGUAAGAAGCGAUAUGGCACUCUCCUCACCGUCUGUUGCAGGCAACUUGGCUAAAGCCUUAGAACUGUCUCAGCUAAUCUGUGAUCGAAUUGAAGUACAUCGUCAGAAAUAUAAAAAGGAGGAAAACGAUAUAACACCGCCUGAAUUCGAUAUUCCUUUCAUGUUCGCAUUUCGAGUGUUAUAUAAUAUCGGUGUCAUCUACUUGCUUGUUGGUAGCUUACCUCAAUCAACCCUGGAAAUUGCGAUUAUUUUAUCCGUAUUCCCAGUUCCCAAUGAUUUAGAUGACACCAAUUUCUUAGCUGAUGAAGUUGACUGUAGGACAGUCGCGACUAUUUUCCAAGACCACGAGUUUGGCUUAAUGCGAGUAACGCAAGAGGGACUUGUGGUACGCUGUAUAAAGCAUUUAAUUGUCAGUCUCGACAACGACUCCAGUCAUAAAAGCAGCAUGGCAUCGAUCGAUUCUGCUCUCCGCUGGGAUGAAAAAGCCGGUCAGAUGAUUGUCUUGAUGCAAUAUGGAUGGAACUAUUGGAGUACACGCACCAAUUUAUGGAACAAAAUUGUUACUCGUAUGAAAGAGAAAAAACUGUUUAAAAACAGGGUCUUUUUGGAAUACAUUUAUGUUUCAGAAAUAUUACAAACUUUCCAGCAUUUACAUAAUUACAGUCAAGUAACACUAGAUAUUAUCCCGCCAGAGUUUGCCAUGCGCAGUGGUUAUCGCUAUUUUGGGUUAGGGAAGCAGCCAGCGUCUUUACCGUCUAGAAUUAAUAUGGUAUCACAUAUUGAGAUUGAAGAAAAUCCUCAGUCUAUCAAACUUCCCUCUCUCAGUUCCAUCACUAGUCAGCAAUCAACGUUACCACCACCAUCUAUAUACCAACCUAGCUACUCAAACACUAUUUUGCCAAGCAUGACUAUGUCACCUACCUGGUAUUCCUCUUCUACCCAAAAAAACUCUCAUGUAAAUUGGAUGUCCCCUUCUUUCUACUAUAGCCGACCUGCAACAUCCGUUAUGCUACCAAAGGAUGACCGCGAAGGAGACCAAGAUACAUCAUCAGUCGUUGAAACGGAUCAGUCACGUGCUGUUUCUGUCCCAACUGACAUUGUUGUUCGAUGCCUGGAGUAUCGUAUGCGUAAAUAUUCCCCUAAAAUGACGCCCCAACGUAUGAGACAAGUUUUACAAAGAUUUUUAAAGAGUAUGCUAUUAAAAGCAAACACGGCUUCUUGAAGAACUUCUGUUUCUUGUAUAUAUAGAUCUACUACCAUCAUUACAUUUUAAUUUUUCUAAAUAAAUUCAUUUAUCUACAAACUUCUUGUAAGAGCUUCA